AUGAGUGGCCUGGGCCGGAGAAGGCAAGGUGGCCGCAGCCUGGCGGGCCAGGAGGAGCCAACCCCACAGGGCCCGCGGCGGGGGGCGGCCAUGGAGCCCUGCCCCGAAGAGCAGUACUGGGACUCGCUGCUGAACACCUGCGUCUCCUGCAAACCCACCUGCAGCGGCCAGAUUCCGCGCACCUGUGCGGCCUUCUGCAAGUCACUCAGUUGCCACCAAGAGCAAGGCAAGUACUAUGACCUGCUCCUGAGGGACUGCGUCAGCUGUGCCUCCAUCUGUGGACGUCAUCCCAAGCAGUGCACACACUACUGUGAGAACACGCUGAGGAGCCAAGUGAGCCUCCUACCAGAAGUCAGGAGACAGCGGGCCGGAGAGGCCCCAGCCCGAGCGGACAGCCUGGGGAGGUACCAGGUGCCAGAGCACAGAGGCUUGGAUGCGGGUCCAGUGCCCACAGGACUGAAGCUGAGCGCUGACCAGCUGGCCCUGGUCUACAGCACGCUGGGCCUAUGUCUCUGUGCCAUCGUCUGCUGCUUCCUGCUGGCCGUGGCCUGCUUCCUCAAGAGGAGGUGGGUCCAGGUCUCCUUCCCGACGCACCCAGGGCCGUGUCCCACACAGGCCAAGACCUCCAAGGAUCCCUGGAUGGAAGCCGGCCAUGUGGCAGGGGCGCCGCCCGAGCCGGUGGAGACGUGUAGCUUCUGCUUCCCGGAGUGCAGGGCGCCCACCCAGGAAAGUGCAGGCGCGCCCCCGACACCCCGGUCCGAGCGCACAGAGGGGAGGGCGCACAGCAGCCAGAGCGCAGCUGGACAGUCCUGUGUGCACGCUGCGAAUGGCGGGAUCGAGGCGGUGUACACGCCCGCGCAGGAAGGAGGCCUGGCCACGUGA